CAUAACGGAAAUACCAAAGCUAUCCUUCGAACGACGACCCAUAAUAUAAAAUCCCGAGCACCGUCACAUCCAUCUCCCACUCAAAACGAUCAGAAAAUUCUCUCAAAAAAAUUUCUUAUCUCAAAUUCACACACAACAAAAUAUUUGAUCAAUGGCUGCUUCCGACGAGCUUGGAUCUCUCACCAGAGCUUUCACGGGUCUGGGAGUGGACGAGAAGGCACUGAUAUCGACAUUGGGGAAAUGGCAACCCGAGCAGAGGCGGAGUUUCAGAAAGGGAAGCCGCGACUUUUUCAGAGAAGACGAACGCCAGUUUGAGAGGUGGGACGAUCGCCAUAUCUUGCAGCUUCGUCACGAGUUUUUACGUCUCAAGGAUGCGAUAGUGCUAUGCACAAUGCACCCAUGGGAGAGAGAUGGGCGGUUAUUGAAAGAGGCGUUGUAUAAAGGACCUCAAUACCAUGUAUUGGUGGAAAUCGCGUGCACCAGAUCAUCAGAUGACUUGUUAGGUGCCAGAAGGGCCUAUCACUCCCUCUUUAAUCACUCUCUCGAGGAAGAUGUUGCCUUCCACGUCCACACUCCCGAGAGAAAGCUUCUGGUUGGAGUUUUGAGCUCUUAUAGAUACGAAGGCCCAAAAGUGAGCGAAGAAAUGGCAAAAUUAGAGGCUAAGGCGCUUUCAGAAGCGCUGACUCUGAAGGGUGGUGGGCCCGGCCCCAGCCCCUUAGAAAAUGAUGAAGUUAUAAGGAUUUUAUCCACGAGGAGCAAGCUCCACCUCAAGGCUGUCUAUAAGCAUUACAAGGAUAUUACUGGCAAUUACUUGGAUCAGGACUGUGAUGGCCACUUGCUUCUAAAAGAGACAGUCCAGUGCUUAUGCACGCCGGAAACAUACUUCACCAAGAUUUUGGAGGCAUCGUUGAGGUAUAAUGUGGAUGAGCUGACCAAAGAAGCGGUGAGCAGAGUAAUUGUGACACGAGCUGAUGAGGAUAUGAAGCAGAUUAGAGAAGAAUUUAAUCGCGAAUUCGGCGUUGAUCUUCGCAAGAAGAUUGAAGAUGUGGCCAAUGGAAACUACAGAGAUUUCUUGCUCACUUUGAUUGCCAGAUCGGAUUGAAUUUCAUUUGCUGAGAAUGUUUCUUUUUGUGGGAAUUUGAAUCUCUAAUAAAUCUGUUUUUUUAUUUAGGUGUGAGGUGAGUGAAGAUCGUGUGAUGAUCUUUUAUAGGAUCAUCUCUGUGGAGUUCUAUUCUAUGAAAGUUUUUUUUGUGGGUUGUAGUGAGUGUUGUGUUGUCUCACUGGAAUAAGACGAAUUUGUUUCGUGGUGGUUUCUUUAAGACUACAAAUUUGUUUGAUUUGAUGGUUGUGAACAAA